AUUUGCUCUGAGUGAUGGUACCUGGAAUUACCACCUGUGAAAACACUCAAUUGCCUAAUCAUGGCAUUAGCACCACAUGCUUUGUGUUAGUAAUUAACAGCAAUUCAGAGUUUGUGUUUCUGCUACUGAGGACAGCCUAACAGAGAGAGAGAGAGAGGAAGAAAGAAAGAAAGAUGGUUUUUGGUUUGGUGGCUGCCUAUUUGUUGGCUGAAAGGCAAAGAAUGAUGAUAGACUACGAAAGUUCUGAGUACUCCAGUGAAGAAGAUGAUUACUGUGAAGAAGAGCUGUCUGCUUCAAGUAAGGCUGUCCAGCCGAAUGCUCCUGGCCCCGCUCCUCCGUGCAAACCGCUGUCUGAAGUCUCACAGAAGUCUAGGAAGAGGAAGCAAGAGGAUAAGCUAAAAGUAGCACAAGUCAACCAGCCACCAGAAAAGAAACCAGGCUAUGUAAAUCCAAUACCAUCCACUAGAGGUGCUAUCCAACCAACCUCCAAAGCCAUUCCAUCUCAGAACAGUGUUGUUCAACUGCCAUCCACUAGUGGUGCUGUCCAACCUGUUCCGUCCAAAGUGGUUCCUUGCAAAACCGUUCCAUCUCAGAAAGGCGUCAUUCAACCACAAUACACUAGAGGUUCUGUCCAACCAGUUCCUUCCAAAAUCACGACUUCCAAAACUGUUCAGUCUCAGAUUAGUGUUGUUCAACCGCCUUCCACUGGAGGUGCUGUCCAACCAGUUUCUUCCAAAGCUACUGCAUCUCAGAACGGUAUCAUUCAACCAGCAACCACUACAGACAUUAUCCAACUAGUCUCAUACAAAACUGUCCCUUCCAGCAUUGGCCAACCAGUCUCAUACAAAACGGUCCCUUCCAGCAUUGCCCAGCCAGUCUCAUACAAAACUGUCCCUUCCAGCAUUGCCCAGCCAGUCUCAUACAAAACUGUCCCUUCCAACAUUGGCCAGCCAGUCUCAUACAAAACUGUCCCUUCCAAAACUGCUCCUUUUCAGACCAGCAUCGUUCAACCAUCGACCACUAGCGGAACUGCCCAACCAGUUCCUUACAAAACCACUCCAUCUCAGACUGGUGUUCAACAACCUCAGUUUGGGGUCAUCGCUGGCACAAGGGGAAACUCGCCAGGGGGCCAGUUCACCACCUCCAUCUACCAGCAUAGUUUGUUUGACAGCAUGAUGGUAGAUGUUCAAAACCAAGGCUUUGCUCAGGUGUGCAGUAAGCUGCACAGCAUUAAUGUGAAUUUGCAGGAUAAUAACUCUAUCCUUCAAAAGCAAACCUGCAUCCUCAAACAGGUCGCCUCCGGGAUCCAGCAGCCAGCACAGAAGAGCCCUGUUUUUACCUCGUCGAGCACCCAAACGAGGGAGAGUGCCUUCAUCUGCUCCACUGGAUCUCAGACAGAGCCCUGGGAUGUACCAGUGUGUCAGCCGUCUCUCCCCAACCCUCCCAUAACUGUGCCCCCAAAGCAAGAGUACACCAGAAAACUCAGGAGUCACAGUAAGGGCCACCCCCAGACCUUUUGAAAGCAGAUACAAAAAAGAAAGUAAAAUGGAUGCCUGCUAUAUUAAUUUAGCAUUUGUAAGCAUUUGCAUUAUUAUUUGUAUUUAUUUUAUUAGCAGGAAUCACACUGGUCAAAGUAACUGCUACCUGACACCUGAUUGAUAAUGUUGCUAAAAAAAAAGAAAAGAAAGAAAUGAAAGAAAAAUAUUAUUUUCAUUUUGCAUUGACUUAUGUAAGCGAAUGUGUUUUGAUUUCAUUGCCUUGUACAUACGUUGUACUAUCCAAUACUGAGGAUAAUAAAAAGAACAUUAGAAUUGCAGCAUUAAACAA